UGAUCUGUUUUUAUUCAUAGGCAUUGAAGUUCAUGUAUGCCAAUAGGACCAGGUAGUAGGAGGAGUGUUCCACUGCACCAAUAAAUGCUCAAAUAUUUGUCUGUUUAGUGCCCAGUUCUAAAAAAGCAGCUCAAUCCAUCCAGAUCCCCUCUGCAGCAUUACUCAUUAACCAGUCCAGCCAACUGUAUUUGUUUGUUUUGGGGGAGGAUGAUGUGAUGCAACCAUAGACAGGUGUUCAUUAAUUGAUGUUAGUUAAUCCUUCAACAGUUGGCUAGAACACAGUCCCUAGCACAGAAAAAGGUUUCUGAAACACUGGGCUGGAUAGCACAGCCUAUAGCCUCAGUGGUUGCAUCUUCAGCGUAACAAAACCAAAGCAGUAGGAUACAUCUUGUAUAAAAACAAACUAGUUGACCUGUCAAUGUGGAUAAUAAGAAUUGGCCUGCUUGACUGCUACUUAGCUGAGUAAUGCUUUGAUCACCUAGAUCAAUGCUGACUGCUGAGUAUGUUUGACCAUUAUAGACUUUUUAAUCCUUUGGAUCAAAGUUCACAGAGGCUAUAAAAGAGUCACUACUGCCAUAGCUAAUAAUAACCAACAUGAAGCUUUUUGAUUCAGAUUUAAGAAAUCCUAUUGGUGAUGGUGCAUAUUUUGUGUACUAUUUAGGAAACAGUGUUACUGGUACCAAAAUGUUCAGAAACUCUGCAUACCAUAAAUACAAGAGAUGAAUACACAAUGAAUGCAAUAUCGUAAUGCAGCGGUGGGGCUAGAUCUGUGCACCACUUCACAUUUCAAUCAUAAUUAUUGAAAUUGACAUCUCUGAUCCUGAGAUCUCAUCUAAUAGGACUUAGCCAAGUGUUUACUAUGGCUGUGGUGAGAACGCAGAGGUAACAGCUAGAGUGGAGAGUUCACCAGCUAUCCGUCUGUCAGCUUGGAUACUUCCUUUGAUCAUACUGGAUUUAUUCCUUCACCCUUCGCAUCUGGUGCUCCAGUAUUUAAGUCUAACCUAUGGUGAAUCAGGGAUUUGUGUCUGUGAAUGUUGCAUGGGAGGCUGGCACCAUCCGCACCAGGUCCUGGUAAAUAUUAGACUAGAGCAGCCUGGGAAUCACUGCCAGCUGCCCUAGAUAAGAGGACAAUAGAGCAAGUUAAUGAUUCAACCAGCGUUACAGAUGGACAGACUGCUUAAAUGUCCCGUUUGGGGAUGAAAAGACAGACUGGAUGGGUUGGUGUGUGCUCGUGGAGCAGAGAAAAAGGGGGAAUAAACGUAUGCCUUAAAUUGGUCUGAUUCUUUGUCUCGGAUUACCCGACUCUGUGAUUAUUACGCAUCAUGGCUAAGCUGGUGGAGUGUGUGCCCAACUUCUCCGAGGGCCGGAACAAAAAGGUGAUUGAUGCAAUCGCAGAGGCCAUUUCCAGCACGGAGGGAUGCAGUCUACUCGACGUGGACCCUGGAUCCUCCACCAACCGUACAGUCUACAGCUUCGUAGGCUCGCCACAGGCUGUGGUGGAGGGUGCAUUGAACGCUGCACGCACUGCCUUCCCACUCAUUGAUAUGACCAAACACUCAGGGGAGCAUCCUCGGAUGGGCGCCAUGGACGUGUGUCCCUUCAUCCCUGUCCAGAAUGUCACAAUGGAGGACUGUGUCAACUGUGCCAACAUUUUUGCCCAGCACUUAACAGAUGUGAUGCAUGUACCUGUGUAUCUUUAUGGAGAAGCAGCGAGGAAAGAGAACAGGAGAUCUCUUCCCUCUGUCCGGGCAGGAGAGUAUGAGGCCUUGUCUGAGAAAUUGAAGAGGACAGAGUGGGCUCCUGACUAUGGCCCUGCCACCUUCGUGGCCUCCUGGGGAGCUACAGUAGCAGGGGCUCGCAAAUUCCUGGUUGCCUACAACAUUAACCUCCUCAGCACCAAGGAACAAGCCCAUCGGAUCGCACUAGAUAUCCGGGAAAAAGGCAGAAGCAAAGACCAGCCGGGUCUGAUGAAGAAGGUGCAGGGAAUGGGAUGGUACCUGGAAGAGGCGAACAUAGCCCAGGUGUCCACCAACAUCCUGGACUUUGAGCUGACGCCCGUCCACACUGUUUACGAAGAGAUCUGCAGUGCGGCCAAAGACCUGAACCUGCCAGUGGUGGGCUCUGAGAUUGUAGGCCUCAUACCUCUGAGAGCCGUGCUGGACUGUGCUGACUUCUACAUCCAGAGAGACAGGCUCUUCAUUGUGGAGGAGGAGCACAAAGUCCGCCUGGUCAUCAGUAAACUUGGGCUUGAUUCACUUGGGCCUUUCGUCCCCAAAGAGAGAAUCAUAGAGUACAUGGUGGAGAGGACUGAGGAGGACAAGCGUUUGGUGUCUCUGUCUCUGCAGCAGUUUGUCCGCAGCGUGGGAGCCAGAACCGCUGCUCCGGGAGGAGGGUCAGUCUCUGCUGCCGUCGCUGCAAUGGGGGCUGCUCUGGGAGCCAUGGUGGGUCAGAUGACCUAUGGGAAGAGGCAGUUUGAUAGCCUGGACAGCAUCAUGAGGAGACUCAUCCCUCCCUUCCAUCAGGCCAUGAAUGAACUGCUGGUCAUGGUGGACGCAGACUCCAAGGCGUUCAGUCGCUAUAUGGCUGCAUUGAAGAUGCCAAGGAACACAUCAGAUGAAGUCAAAAGGAGGGAAGCUGCCAUGCAGGAGGGUCUGAAGCAGGCCGUGGCGGUCCCACUGUCUCUGGCUGAAAGAGUCAACCUGCUGUGGCCUUGUCUAAAGGAAAUGGUGAUCUACGGAAACGUGGCCUGCAAGUCUGACCUCCAGGUAGCAGCUAAAGCCCUGGAAACAGCAGUGUUUGGAGCCUACUACAACGUUGUGAUCAACCUCAAGGAUAUCACAGAUGAGUCCUUCAAAGUGACUACUCAACAGAGAGCAUCAGCUCUGCUUACUGAGGCCAGGGAGAGUGCUAAUGCAGUCCUGGAUACUGCAGAGAGAAAAAAGUGAAGAAGUUACAACAUUACCAAAGCAUCCCCUGCUGCCUGCCUAGGCCUCAAACCAGGCUUUCACAACCAUCAAUCUAUUGCAAAUAAACUGGGUUCACAUAAAUACAUGCUUUAUCAACUACUC